GCACGCGGGAGGAAUGUGGCCGCCGCUGGACCCUUGCAAACCCUCUUUCUCCACCGCAACCAGGAAUCUCUGCGGCCCCCUCCCCAGAGCCCCACGGCACGGCUAGACUGAGGCAGGGCGGGAGCGUAUCGGAGAAACAAGACCGUCCCAAUCAACGAGGGGGGCGGGAACGGCUGGGCGGAGCCGGUGCAGGGAAGGCGGGACGUGCCUGCGGCUGCCCACUCGGAAUCCUCUACCACAACUUUAAUUAAAGUCAGCGGCCCCCUCCCGAGCCCACGGCAGACCGUGAGUGUCGGCUGCCACGCGUAGACGCGAUCUCCCCCACUUGGCGCACAGGCAAGCUCGGACGGAGCGCAUCGACAGCUACUAAGCCGAACCGAGGCCGAAGGAGUACGGUUAGAAGGCUGAUGCAAUUUUCCUUCUAAGAGGAGCCACCUUGACAGCGUGCCUGAAAAGCCUGGGCGAGGCACGAGCUGCGAUCGGCAGGAGGAGACGGGAUCGGCAUGGAGAGGCUUUCUGUCUCUUUGGUCUAGUUUGCACUGCCAUCUGAGCUUUCUCUGUAGCCUGGGAAGUGUAGCCAGCAAGACGGAUAGCGGGCAGGUGGGCGCCCACAUCACGGCCCUCAACCAUGGCAGAAAAAUGUAGCGAGAGCUUGCUGAAUGGUGCUGUCCCUGGUGAGACGGGUAAGCGAGACGAGAACAUCAAACGUGGCAACUGGGGCAACCAGAUCGAGUUUGUUCUCACGAGUGUCGGCUAUGCUGUUGGACUUGGCAAUGUAUGGCGCUUCCCUUACCUCUGCUAUCGCAAUGGGGGAGGUGCUUUCAUGUUCCCCUAUUUCAUCAUGUUGGUAUUCUGUGGGAUCCCUCUCUUCUUCAUGGAACUCUCAUUUGGACAGUUUGCCAGCCAGGGCUGCCUUGGCGUCUGGAGAGUUAGCCCCAUGUUCAAAGGUGUUGGGUAUGGUAUGAUGGUUGUGUCCACCUACAUAGGAAUUUACUACAAUGUUGUGAUCUGCAUCGCCUUCUAUUAUUUCUUCUCAUCAAUGACACGGUUGCUACCCUGGACAUACUGCAACAACCCCUGGAACACACCUGACUGCACUGGUGUGUUGGACGUUACCAAUGGCUCAGCUGGGUCAUCACUCAACCUCACCCAUUUCUUGAACCAGACACUCAAGCGCACUAGCCCCAGUGAGGAAUACUGGAGGCGGUAUGUGCUAAAGUUGUCUGAUGACAUUGGGAAUCUGGGCGAGGUGCGGCUCCCUCUUCUGGGUUGUCUGGGUGUCUCUUGGGUUGUCGUCUUCCUCUGCCUCAUCAAGGGCGUCAAGUCCUCAGGAAAAGUUGUAUAUUUCACGGCGACCUUCCCGUAUGUGGUGCUGACAAUCUUAUUUGUGCGGGGGAUAACGCUUGAAGGAGCUGUUACUGGGAUCAUGUACUAUCUGACACCGCAGUGGGACAAAAUUCUUGAUGCAAAGGUAUGGGGAGAUGCUGCUUCCCAGAUCUUCUAUUCAUUGGGCUGUGCCUGGGGUGGACUUAUCACCAUGGCAUCAUAUAACAAGUUCCAUAAUAACUGCUACAGGGACAGCAUCAUCAUCAGCAUCACCAACUGUGCUACAAGUGUCUAUGCAGGCUUCGUCAUCUUCUCCAUCCUUGGCUUCAUGGCCAACCACCUAGGUGUGGAUGUUUCCAAAGUGGCUGACCACGGUCCUGGUUUGGCCUUUGUGGCCUAUCCAGAGGCACUGACACUGCUUCCUAUCUCCCCUCUUUGGUCUGUUCUCUUCUUUUUCAUGCUCAUCCUCCUGGGACUGGGCACACAGUUCUGCCUUCUGGAGACUCUUGUCACAGCCAUUGUGGAUGAAGUAGGAAAUGAAUGGAUCAUCCGUCAGAAAACCUUUGUGACUCUUGGUGUGGCUGUGGUGGGCUUCCUGCUUGGUGUUCCACUCACCACUCAGGCUGGUAUCUACUGGCUGUUAUUAAUGGACAACUAUGCAGCAAGCUUCUCACUUGUCGUCAUUUCAUGCAUCAUGUGUGUCGCUAUCAUGUACAUCUAUGGGCACCAGAACUACUUCAGGGACAUUGAGAUGAUGCUGGGUUUCCCACCACCCAUUUUCUUCCAGAUCUGCUGGAGGUUCAUCUCUCCUGUUAUCAUCUUUUUUAUCCUUGUGUUCACAGUGAUCCAGUACCGACCUAUCUCCUACAAUACCUACGUGUACCCUACCUGGGCUAUCACCAUUGGUUUCCUUAUGGCGCUCUCAUCGGUCAUUUGCAUCCCCAUCUAUGCUGUGUUCUGUGUAUUGCGCUCAGAAGGCGACUCGCUGCUGCAGCGUCUGAAAAAUGCUACCCGGCCAAGCUAUGAGUGGGGCCCAGCCCUUGUGGAGCACCGGACAGGCCACUAUGCACCAGCCCUCAGCUCCUCCACAGAGUCACAGCUGGAGGUGCAGUUGCUGAACCCUGAAAAAUCCAAGAGUGACGAGGCUGGUGUGCCUGUUGCCAUCUCAGUUGGAAGCAAUGGCUCUACUCACAGUCAGGACUCCAAGAUCUGAACCUUAGCCUGGGAGGCAGGGCAGGGAGCCCGCCUUGCACCUUCUCUUUCCCACCUGCCCUGGUCCUCCAAACCCUACUCUGCUCAGAUAUAUUUCAGCGCCUCCCACUGGGUGGGGGAGCCUUGGCUCCGAGGCUGUGCCGGACUCUGGGGGAGGGGGUUGUGAGGUCCCACCCCAUCCACCUUAUUUGUGCCCCUGUGCCAUCUUGUAACCCCUUAUGUUUACAGUAAUGUUCAGAUGGCCCCAAUUCACAGCCAGGACCAGGGUCAGAGAUGGGGAGGAUGUCCACUGGCUGAUCUGUUGUAGGUGCCUUGAAGAGCACCAGCAGCAGGAUUGUGUGGAGCCUCUUUUGGUCAGCAGCCUAUUUGGGGUGAAAUCUGGCAGCUGCACCAGGGCCCAGUAGGACUGGAAUCUACUGGGGAUGUAUGCCCUAUACUGCCCUGGAUUAGGGCUCUGGGAACUGGCUUCACAGGCAAGCAAAUGGGAAAUUUGUGGGGAAGGGGAGGAAAGAGGGUUGGUAGUCAUCAUAAAUGUAAUCUAGACAUUCUAGGCACAGCUUGGCCACAGGCUAGGCAGCUUUCAGCUAGGCUGUUGCCUCUGUGAGAGCUCUUCCAGAGAUGCAUUGAAGACUAUACACCACCCACCACUGCAUAUCUCUUCCUAGCUUCCUUACCUAGGAGAUAUAGCUUCCCCACCGCUGUCAGUUUGCCCUUCUAGUCAUGGUCUCUAUGAGAAGAAAUGCUCUUGCUAGAUACACUGUGGUUGGGUUGACAGAUUAAUAAUUUUUGGGGGGUAGGGGUAAGAGAGCUCUCCUUAACUGGAUUACAAGCAGGGAGGUAAUAGAAGUAUCACUGAUCUAUGAACACAAGCAGACAUAUUUCUCCUACUUGAUCUCAAAAUCAAGCCUUAUUUGCACACCAUCCAGAAUCACACAUGCAUGCAUACAGAGAAGCAUAAACACACAGCAUCUCCCAUAAAUAAAUUUGCACAGCUGACAGCUUGGAUACACUAUAUGGUUGUGAUAGAAAUCUAGUGCAGUGCCACAAGCUCUGGGCAGUGCAUGCAACCCACUGUUCAAAUUUUGUCCAGAUAUGCACUGUUGGUCUAGACAGCAUCUUCUGGAUCUCUGUAGGGGUGGGUGGGUGGUGGCUCUGAAGCAUUUUUCUACGCUCUUCCCCUAAGAAGAGCAAAUUAAUUCAAAUUGGUCUCCACAUAAGCAAGAGACCACUGGGACCUAGCCCUGCCCUAUUCUCUAGGGAAAGGGGCAGAGCCAACCAUGGUGCUAAAGGCAGGCGAUGUGCCAGAUCCUAUCCAUACCAUUUGGGGGAGGGACACACCAAAAACAAAAAGCACAACCUUUCCUAAAGGUUAUCUCAGCCAGGCCUGGGUUCCAUGUUGCCCAGUUCUCCAGUAGUAGGGGGAUGGAAAAUGUUGGCUUUAUUCUGGAGCCAUGGAGAAGUUGGCCAGAGGCACCAACCCCCAUAUCUAGCUGCAAGGCAUCUCUCCCUAAUGUAAAGCAGGGCCUAUGCCGGCUCAUAUGGAUAGAAGGUAUUAAUGGUUCCAUCUUCCGGCCUCAUCAUCCUGUGUUUCCAUUUCAGUGUUGCUGCCUGCACUUUACCCCUAGAAAUGCCUGGGUAGAGGAGACAGGAGACCCUGGCAGCCACUAUCCUGUCCUGUACCCUGAUGCCAUAUCUCUUACCAAUGCCAAACAGUGCAUGUAGGGGGCACCCCUCAGCUCCCAACUAUGCACGAUUGCUGCAGUAUAGCCAUGGUGCCAACAGCAAGGGCACAUCUGGUUCCUACCCACAUGGUACCUGCUCCAGCCAGUGGCAUGGGCCCAAUGGCCAGUGUUUAAGUGCCAAAUGUCUGCAUCAUGAGCAGAUAAGAGGGGGAGGGGGACAGAUGGCUCCAUGCCCCAAUGGUACUUUUGCUCUAAGCCUCCAGCUCCCCUAUCCUUCUCUCCUCUGCGCCGAAGAUGCACUAUUUAAUGCAUGGUUCCCAUGUCUGUCCUCCUCUCCCUUGUGAGUAUGGCAACUAGCAUUGCUGCCUCUCAUUGUUCAUAGCAAUAAUUGUGACGCGUCUCCCAUACUGUGACUCUCCUAGUUGUAGAUUUUUAAAGUCUGAUAGAUUUUAAUGAAAUUUAUAUUCCUGAA